GUCAAGUUUUUGGAGUCCCCCUCAAUGAGGUGCAAUGCCUUUGUCUGUGGACCAUCGAGCAAAUAUGGCGGCUUCGCAAUAGAUGGAAAGCUUGAGCGAGCAAAAAUGAAAUGAUUUCACUUCAGUUUUAUUGUCCACAAUCGCAUCUGCAGAAAGAAACAGUCCUUAGGACUCUUAGGAAUGUCUGGUUUGAAGGAGAGUGCCAAAGUAGAGGAGAAUGACACCUCAAUGUCAAGAAUCUCUCAGGACCUUUUGAACAGCGAGACAUUCUCUGCAGAGGGGGCUACACCAGGACCAUCAGCGCAUUAUCCUCAAGAGACCAUGGCACUACUCGAUGACCAAGGAGACCUCCUGACCAGUGUCGGUUUUAUGGACUCCAUUUGCUCAGAUGGACCAGCCAAGGCUGCUUAUGUCAAUGGAUCCACCUCACCCCAUAUAUCAGAUGAAAUCUUGCUAGAUAUUUCAAAAAACGUACCAGUAUUCCUUCCCAAAUCAUUACAAGCUCAGAAUUCUGUCACAACCAACGUCCACUUUGAAGGCCCUGAUCCACUCAGAAAAGAGGGGGAAAUAACAAUCAGGCAAACGUUGACUGCGGAGGAUGUGGAGAAUAGGGGCAUAUGGGGCUUUGAUACAGAAUCUCCAGAAAGUUCAUUAGAUAAUUAUGAUGAUGGAAAUGACCUUAGCUGGAAUCCCCAAAGGGAAUUCAUGAAGUUUCUGUGGGAUGAUGAUAAUGGACUUGAAAUGGAGGAAAAACUUUCCCCAGUUCCUUCACCUAUCAACCAUAAAAGAAGAGUUCCAUCACCACUCUGCCGUAAAAGAAGAAAACGUAAAGAAAAAUUGGUGUUAAAAGUCGAUCCUUCAGAGGACCUAUACUCUGAUUUGAAUUUUGAUUCAAAAAAAGAUCAUCCAGGUGAAGGAAGCCGGACAGAGUGCAGUCCUGUUAAGAGGAAACGUUCCCCAAGAAAACCAUCCAAAUUACAGUCACCCAUUGUAAAACAUACCAAGUAUUUAAAUGGAGCUGCUAAGGCAGUCAAACACCUGUUUCCCAAACCAGCCAAAAAACCUAUUAGCAAGACACAAAAGAUGGAAUUGAUUAGAGAAACUUUGCCAUCAGACUCAUGUUCUAGGGAGGAACCUUCUUUUUUUCAACGUAAUAGCAGUUUUAAAGAGAAAUCACAAGAAAACAGACAAAUUACAUGUAAUAAAGAUACAACUACUUCAAAGCCAUUCAUAUGUAAGGAAUGUGGGCAGUGUUAUCAUGAUCAUAGUUCAAUGUUGCAUCACAUAAGUGUUCAUCGGGACAAGCGACAGAAAAUUAUGGAAGAAAAUAAUGAGUUGCAUCAAAUUAAAGAUGAAGGUAAAGAUGCAAAGUUGCAAUGCCCCCAAUGUACCUUUGGAACGAACUGUCCGAACACCUUUGUGCAACAUGCUAAGACCCAUGAGAAGGACAAGCGGUACUAUAGUUGUAACAAGUGUGAUUUUGUUGAAAUGAAUGAAGUUGAACUGAGACGCCAUUUGCUUCAUAAACAUGGCAUCAGUGGUGCUGAUCUGACUGUUUGGAAAUCAGAUGGAUUUCAGGAGCGCAAAGUCAAUAAAUCAAUAUGCCCAAAUUCCUACUCCUGUUCUGUUGAAAGAAAAACUAAAAACAUAAUUGGAAAUCAUGUUAAGGCUUCCUGUCAACCUCAGUUUAAUGAAGAACAGGCAUCCUCACAUUCCCUUGACAGCAGUGAUGAAGAACUAUCACUGACUGAACAGCCGACUUCUGUUCUUUCAUCAUGUGCAAAACCAACAGCAAAGUCACCAAAAUUGUCUGUGAAGCUCCGGGCACCAGACAAAAACGAGAGCUUGUCGUCUGAUCAGAAGUGUGGUCUAUCACGAAAGAAAAAAACAUGGAUGCACAAAAGUGUUCAAAGCCAAUCAAGACUUGACAAAUCAAUUCACACGCUUUUAUCUAGAAAGAAACGUAAUGACCAGAGUGCCUCAGAAUGCAACACUCAUCAGGAGCCUGAUGGAAGCAGUACAACAGAGUUUCUUCACAAUAAUGAGACCGCAUUCUCUGGAACAGGAACUAGUUUGUCCCCCUCAAAGUGUCUGAAAAGAUCAGCUCAUUCUAAAGAAGGGAACACUAAAAGAACUUUUAAGUCUGAUGGAAACGUUACUUGUUCAGAAGAUGUUGGAAACACCAACUGUACGCAUUUAAGUUUGGAAAAGCAAACACUGAAGAAGUCUCCUUCCAAAAGGAAAAUGUCAACUCCAUUCCACAAUAUGCAGGGCCAAGAUAUUCUUUUAGAUUUCCCAAAAUCUCGACAAAAUUUCAAGAAAACUGAAACAUCCAAGAGGAGAAAGGACUGUAUUAACAAUGGUGACUUUAUGUGUGAUUCUAAUGAUGAUCUUGCACCUGAAGAAUGUGAAAUCAAUAAGAAUGCUAAUGCGCGUUUUGUAAGAAAACAGACUUCGCCUGCAAAGGCAAGUCUUGUUGCCUCAUCUAGUCACUUUGAGAGAAAUCACGGUUCCCCGAGGAAGUUUUCCGUCAAAGACGAAUACAAGGAAGAAGAGAUCUCAGAGUCGAACUCCACUGUAAAGCGUGAACAGAGCUCAGAUGUUGAGACAGAUCUGAAGGCUUGUCCGUACUGUCCUGCUGUAUUUGAGUCAGGAAUUAGCCUCUCUAAUCAUAUAAGAGGACAUUUGCACAGAGUGGGCCUAAAAGUACGCCAUGCUGUAUCUGCAGCUAAGGUGACUUCUCCUGACAAAGUACCUCCAGUUCGACGACGAACAUUGCAACAAAUCAAAACAGAGGAGGAUGCAUCCCAGACUGAUCAUUCUGCAGAGAUGCCAACUAACUGCCAACAGACGUCACACCUCAUCUGUCCUCUCUGUAGGGAGUGGUUUGAAACAAGGACUGGGCUGUCCAAUCAUGUACGAGGCCACCUGAAGCGACUGGGCAAACCCACUUCCACCGCAUCCAAAUCUCCAGUGAUCAUAUUGAAAGAAUUGAUGCGCGACAAGAAACAGUUUCAGAUGAAGCUACAGGUUCUUGAGAAGAAGUGCCGUGCCACCAAUUCUUUCCAUCCUAUUAGGUUGAAUAAUGGACUAACCUUCGCAUCUACUGUCAAACGGCAUAAAGAUAAGGAUGAAAAGAAAAAGAUAGAUAUUAAUAAAGGCUCACCACCAAGUGAUCUGAUUGGAAUUUUGAAGAAAAGAAGAGCCCAUGAAGAGACCAAAGCAAAGCACUCAUCCCACACGGCAAGAAAGGCUCUCCAUUUAUCUUCAGGCAAAGACUGUGACCUGGAGAUAGAACCUUUCAAAGCAGUGCCAAAUUCACUAGCAGAGAAAAGUGAACUGAAUAGAAAAGUUUGCGUGCACUGUAAUGCCACCUUCCACAGUGGUGUUAGUCUCUCCAAUCAUUUGAGGGCAUAUGCACAUAGAAAGAAAAAAGCUCUUCUGGAUGGAACUACUUAUGACUGUAAACAGAGAAAGCAAAGAUCAAGGUCUGGAUCAAAGAAGAAAACUUACCCGCUGCUGCACACUCCAGAGGAAAUCUAUACACUUACAUGCAGGUUUUGUGAUCUAGUCUUCCAGGGCCCUUUGUCAGUGCAGGAGGACUGGAUAAAGCAUUUACAGAGGCACAUUAUGAAUACCGCUGUACCGCACACAGGGGCAGGGAUGGUGGAAGUCACCUCCUUCCCCAAGGACUCUUGUUCCAACACCGUACCACAGGCACAACCUUCAGUGAUGCAAACAUCCUCAUGAGCCCAGGAACACACACAAAUUGUCCUUAGAAUAUCACUUGUGUGUAACUUGUUUGGUUAUUUGGUUUAAAUUUUAUAUUGCCAUCAGUAAGGACUUCUGUUUUUAAUCUUAAUGACGAUCCAUUCUUAUCACAGACGGCUUUUUAGAUAUUGUUACAUUGUGCUGGUGUUGUACAUGGUCAAAGAACGUACGAAUGGUGGGUGGAUAUGUUGAGAUUUCAGUGGAACCCACCACCAAAAGACAACCUUUACCUCAGAUGCUUCUCACGUUGAGUUUAAUCUGUCAUCGCAGAUUUAUGCUCUACAAAAACUGAAAUGAUUCUGUAUGUGGAUUUUAUAACAAGCCAUUUUAAUUUGAGAACCAACACAAUUUUGUCUUUUUGUUGUCCCAUCCAUGAGCCUUGGAAGGUGCACAUAUGAGGCAUAUGUGUAAAAAUGUAAGUCUAUAUAUUUACUUGAUUCAGAAGUUUAACUCAUGCCAACACAUCAGUCAUUGUGUAAAACAUCCUGUUCUAUUGAUAUUUAGCGGUUCAGAAAGUAUGCAUGUCAUAACUCCCGUUUACACCAUUUCCGCUCCAGUAACAUUUUGGUUUUCACUUAUUACCCUGUUUUGAUUUUAUCUUAAAUCUGUAAGUUUGCCAUGUGUGCAAAAAAAAAAAAAAAAAAAAAAAACACCAAAAAAAAAGAAAAGAAAAACAUUAACUGUUACUUGUGUAGGCCAUUUUUUUACAGUUCAGAUAUUUUUGUGUAUAAACCUUUUUAGGUAAUUUAUGUGAAAAAUGUAAAUCACUAUAAACAUUUUUGCUGUUCGGAAUAAAAUGUUUUUGUCGUCUUCA